CUUACGUCCUUUUAAGCCAUGUUUCUAGUUUUUACUUGUUCGAUGUUCAUUAUCUGGCCUAGUCUGCUCCUCGAGGCAGUUGGUUCUCAAGGUUAGUAUGCGGAGUCCAUCGAUGAAAAAGUUAUUUUUAAGUCAAGCUUGCAAGAUAAUGAUUGGGAAUAACCUGCUUCCAUAAAUUUGAAAGAGCCAAUUUUAUCUUACUUCAAGUAAACCUUACUUGAAGUAACUUUGCCCAUAUUCUUGUGUGAAGCUAAUUAAUAUACUUUUAGACUCCUUCACAUAGUAUAAUCUACUCGGAACCAAUCAUUUGAAUCUACCUUAACAGUUUAAUCAAAAUUGCCUUGAUAGUCUUUCUUGCUAUGGAAGACGUCGACACGAAAUAACCCCAGAGGAUCUUGAGCAUGAAUUCUCCGAAGAUUCAUAUUAAGUAAAAAUUUAAACAGUUUUGAAAUAUAGAGUAAAAGAGAUGGUAAGGUUUUAGCUCGGUAAAGAAAUAGAGAAAGAUGUCUUUUCGUCUUGUCACGAGCGUAGGACAAACAAAAAAUUCUGAGUCCCCAUGACCAAGGAGGCAAACCUCAAACCUCUGACCUCAAUCGACCCUCAGACGUUUUCAGAAUAGAAUGAAUGGUUUCUCUCUCAAUGCAGUUUCAGAGUAGGCAAGUUUUCAGUUUUGAAUAGGACAUACUGCCCAAUUUUCAUGCUGUAGUUUGAAUUAAACCCUAUGCAUGAAGAACUUCUGUCUUUGGGCAUAAAAAGUUUCACUCCGUCAUAAUGACAUUGGUGAAUUAUUCACGAAUUUGAACAUUAGCCUGUUUUAAAUUAUUUCGCAACUCCGUUUAAACUAUCUAAAAUAUAGCUGCUGGGCUUUUUUUUUCCCUUACAUGUUUCCCUAAAUUUUCAAUCGAUAUGAUUAGAAAAUUGAAAUCUUACAGUUACUUUAUUUUCUCUACUCGCAAAAUAGUGAGAUUCGAAGACCCCAAUCUCAAUCGUUAAUUAUGCCAUCAGCAAAACGGCGAGCACUCAGACUUAAAACCAAUAUUUUGGGAGCACCUGCAUUGUAUAUUGUAUACUUUGCUAAAAUAAUCAUCAUCACCUAUGCAUUCCCUGUCAUGCCUCAUAUUUAAAUGAUGCUGAAAAUUACAUAACAAGCAUCCAGGAUGAUUAAAACUAGUCUCCCUGUCUUCAUUCUUAAUUACAAAAUGGCGCAUCUUAAAAAUGAUUUGUCAGUCCGUUAAAAAAUAAUAAUGCAAUUAUUGCAUUAAACGUAACAAAGAUCCAAAUAAUUCUAAUAUGUUAAAAUAUUAAUGUUUCCCAAAUAUAAUUUGCAUGGCCACAAAAAAUAAAGUAAGAGGGUCAGCUUUUGAAUCCAUAACGACGAAAUCCCCUACAUAUAUUUCAUAGAUGGGGAAGUGGAAGCUUGUCAACUGUCCGCAAAAUCCUUUUCAAUUGAUUUUUCCGAGAAAGUAAGCACACGAUCCACAAAUUAGCGAGUUAUACUGAAUUGCAUCCCUUCUUUAUGUAAACAGUAGUCACAUCCACUCACGGACCAUUCAUUUAUCCAAUCAUAACUUAUUCAAAUUUUAAGCCCAAAGUGAAACAAAAAAGAGCGUUAAUCUAUGUUUUCUAUGAAAACUUUGCUAUGGCAGAAGCAGGAAAAAAAUGAGAACUUGAUCCUGCAAAAAAAGUCAUCUUAAUACCAUUUUUUUUAAGGUAAAGACUUUUUUCGCAGAAAUUUUUUUUUCAAAGGACCAAAUUUGCUUAUGUAGAGUUUGGCUGACAUAUACUACAUUUUGCCUCAACCAGGUGGCCAUGAUAUCUACCGCCCCCCACAAACUGUUCGACAGCAUCUGUUUGUGAUGGAAGAAUUCCGUUAUUUGAACGUUUCCAGAAUUGGUUCCUAUACAGUUAAUGAUAGCAUUGACUGUGCAUUUAAGUGCCUCAGUCAUACGUCAUGUUUUUCUGUGAACCUGGCCGCGUCUAGAGGAAUGGACGGAAAGUUUUGGUGCGAGCUGCUUUCUUCUGACAAAUACAGAAACUCCACUGAACUCCUUGGAAAAAAGAGCUCCCAUCAUUUCGUCAUUAAGGUUACAGAUAUUCUUUAGGGAUUGCAAAUGUGUCCUGUUAAGUACUUAAGAGGCCCAAAACUUCGCUGUAAGGCCUGAGCCAACAAGGGAGGGAGGGGAGGGGGGUUAUCUUUACUCUAUCGCAUGACAGGACUCUAUAUCCUUUGUUUAGAAGUAGGCUCUAUUAUGAGUGAAAUUUUAUUUCAAACAGACCCAUAUGUUAUAAUUGCUCAACUAUUAAAAGGUUCUUCUUCUCCUCAGUCUCCUUGUUCUUCCUCGCCAUGCAAAAAUGAAGGGACCUGUGUACCAAGAGACAAAAAUGGCAUCUUUGAGUGCCUCUGCAAGAAAGGCUUUAUUGGAGAAUUCUGCGAGAAAGGUUAGACGUUACUUGCAACUGCCAGGUUGGAUUAGCAUUUACUUGCAUAAAAUUUGGCUCCCUAUCCAGGGAUUACCUUGCCCCAAGAGCAGUUUGCUUUUAGUUUAUUAACGACAACAUAGCCAACUGACUGAUCAUUGCGUCGGUCCUACGACGGACCUCUUUCCUAACUGAAAUUUAUCAAAGGAACUCGUUUGAUGCAGCACUGUACAUCCCCUGUAAGGAAUGGAUAUUUACCAUCACUUCAACGGUGUCAGGCGAAUAAGAGUUGAAGAUUUAAAGAAAACUCCUACCCUUGCUGCAUGCCGGUGACAUCAUUUGUAAUAAGCAAUUCUUUAAUUCAUACUUAGGCUUCAAGUCCUGUAAAGAUGCGUACAAUUCAUACAAGUAGGUUUGAAACUUGUUUUAUAUCAAUGACGAGAGAAAAACUCGAUAUUUAAUUCAAUCUUUAACUCUAGAUUGGGAUGCAGUCGGUGAUAAAGUUAAAUUCUUACUUUAGACACUAAAAAGGGCGAAUUAAGAACUUAAUAAAGGGGUUAUCUGUUGAGUUAACGUGAGAAAUCAUCUUCUCUUGUGUUUCCAAAUUAGUUUCAUUCAAUAAAAAAUAUUCAGGGCUUAUUCUUGUCAUUUAUAAUGCGUAAAAUUUAACAUCAAUUAAAGAAUUACUGGAUCGAAUAGAUUUUGGAGAAAUAAAAAUGUAAUUGUUAAAACUGAUCGGGUUCCCCGAACAGGUCGAAUGCCAGCGAGUUGGUUACCUUACACUUUGGCUCGAAUACAACUUCUGUUCUCUGUCAAAUGGGAGAUUUUGGAUGUGGAGAUGGUGGAUGGACACCAGUUAUGAAGAUUGAUGGCAACAAGGUAGGUUGUUACCUUUUGUUGUGAAAAUUUUCCUUCAAAGGGUCUGCAGACAAAUACAUCACUCACUAAUUUGAAGUAAAGAAUUCAUGUAUCUCUAACCACAAAUGUCUCACUUCAUUUAUAUCGAACAAACGCUUGUACUUUUUCUCAUACCCCUAACUUUUAAAGCCUGACUCGAGCUUCGUGCCACAGCAAAAUAUUUUGGUUUUCGCGACGAAGAAUCAUAGCGGAGUAUGUAAUAUUGCGCAGAUGCGUUGCCGGUCAGGUCAAAUAUUCUUCUACUUUUCUUUCUUUUCCCCCUAAAAAUAAAAAAAGAGGCGGUUUAAACGGGAAAUUUUGACAGGCGCGUAACUUUAAUCGAUUCUGAAUCACAAUACACAAUGUUCUUACUUACUACUUUUGAUGCUUAUCUUUGCAUGGGAUUGAUUAUUUACUCUUAUACAAUUAUUUCGCAGAACACUUUUCGGUUCAGUUCGGGAUACUGGACUAACAAAAGCGAAUACAACCCGUCUGGUGCAACGACUGGCUUCGAUUCACAAGAGACCAAAUUACAGACGUACUGGAACACACCCUUUUCCAAGGUCUGUCUCGGUAUGAAGGUUAACGGACGGUUGAGGUUCACCGUUAUCAACAGCCAGGCUUCCUCUCUCCACUCUCUGAUUGCUGAUGGUCAGUAUCGGCCCACUUCACUGAGUCGGAACAAGUGGAUAGCGCUGACUGAUUCAAGGGCUAGACUUCAGCCCAACUGCAACCAGGAAGGAUUCAAUACCAAGGCCAAUCGCAAAGCAAGAGUCGGAAUCCUUGGGAACAACGAAAACGACUGCCGUACAUGUGAUUCUGCAAUAGGGUUUGGUGUUGACAACAGAGCGUGCGGUGAUCGUUCUUCCAUUAGAGCCAUGUGUUACAUCUUUGUUCAGUGAUGAUAUGCGUUUAAAUGAAUUUUAAAACAGCACCAAAAUAGAUAAGAUGAAGUCAUAUAAGAACAGUGCGUAAAAACGCAGGAUUAUAAAAUUUGUUGUGUAUAUGAACGCCUUGAGAACACUGCGAUUAAGCACCUAUCAUCCGAGUCUCGCAAAUCAGAAUGUAUGAUGCUCGCGAAAGCUUUGUACAGCUUUUCUUAUGCCAUGUGUGUUUGUAAGUGAAAAAAUGCAAAUAAACAAAGCAAAAUGGAAACGAAAGAAAACAAAAAAAAAAGAUAUUUAUCCCCAGCUGUUUUAAUAUAACGUACGAGGAAAGUUUACCAUUCACUGUUGACUUUAUUCACUGGACCCAGUUUUUGGCUCGCGUCCAAACAUAUCGAUAACGUAGGCUAUCGAAAACAACUGUAGCUGGCGAAAAGUUUUAUAUAUAGAAUGGGUUUAACUCUUUAAACCCUGAGAGUGACCAGCAUCUAAUUUCUCCUUACAGUCAUACAGUUGAAUCAUUCAUUAAGAUCAUAAGAAUAAGGAAAAUGAUCACCAACCAAAGAAGCUUUGAUUGUUAAACAAAUUCUCCUUGUCAGUACUAAAGGAAAUGUAUAGAGAAGGGUAUAGAGACUAUGGAUACUGAUGUUAGGGUGUAAAGGAUUAAAUUCCUAUUCAGUGGAUGACGAUUUAUCCCAACCGGUACCCUAAAGGUAAAGGCUGCAGAACCAGAAUGCAUUAAAGCUGCGUAAUUCUAGGGUUUACGCGCCGUAUAAUUUUGGGCGACAUCUUGAAGAAUAUUUCGCCAGUUACUGUCGCAUCUGGCUUCUAUUCUUUUUUCUUCUAACUUUUGUCGAUAAAUGCAUUCUUUGCUAUUUACACUUCGAAAGCUGAAACAACAUUUUCAAGCAAGAAAACAUUUGCUUCAUCUUCCUCUGCGUGAAAUGCCCAUCGCUUUUUAAAAAUCGUUUGAUAUGGGCGUGUUUUUCGAGUUUAUACAUUUGCAUUUAGAUACAUUCAAACUGAAAUAGUAAUCUUUAACCACUGGGUUUGUUUGUAAAAUUAUCAAAACACAGAGAUGCCAACCUCUGGCGAUCUUAGAUCUGGAGACUUUUUUCCGGACCAGCAUCUACCCCCCACCCCGACCGAGUUUGUCAAUACGAUCCCCUACCUCUCCCCCCUCACCGAGCAAUUUCGCGGGAAAAACGUGGAUCUAUCUAUCAGGAACUUCAAGUGGUUGAAUACUCAUCCAAUCAGACUCUCGCUUAUAUAGGGGUAACAAAGAAGAAACUCUCUUCUAUUUGUUUGCAACGAACAACAUGCAUCAUGCAAGAAAAUGAAGCCAGAAACCGUAAUACAAGCAUAAGAAGCCAAAUGAUUUCGGAAUUUUGGAACAUAAGGAGCUUAUCUUGUGGGCAACUGAUCCAAACUUUCUUUUGUAUGGUGGUUUUUGGUCACCCGUACGGGAGAGCGGGAGAUUGCCUCUGUAUCCGGGAGACUCCCGGAUAAUCCGGGAGAGUUGGCAUAUGUGAAAACGUAGUUAGCACCUGCCGUAGGAUAAUCUAGCUGGAUUGGUCAGUCAAUAAAAAUCAACGAGAUUAAGGAGAUGUUUUAACGACAGCAGAGUCAGUUUGUUUUGAGGGAGAAACGGCAGUUUUAGAUAUUUUCGCCUAAAAAACCUCGAUGGUCGAUUCACGGGCCAUCGCCGCGAAUGUUUCUUUUUUUUAUUCUGUUUUAUUUAUCUGGUCUGAACUGAUCCUCAAGGCAGAAGGUUAGUGAAAAUGUAGACUACCACCGUCGGAAAUUUUGAAAACGCUGACUUUUCGAGGCUUGGUUCUCGGAGCAUAGAUGAAUGGCUUGGCUCCAAACGUCAGUGUUUCGACAAAAUUUGCCGCUACACUUCAUAUACUUUUAAUUAACCGGUUUAUAGUUGACGAUCCGCUACAUUUUUCAAAUGAUCCCUGACGCAACACACAAGUUAACGAAUUUAAAAAAUUAACUAUUAAAAAAUACGCUCUUUUAUUCAAUCAAUGAUUCAUUUUAGCUGCAGUUUUAAGUCAAUCAAUAAUAGAUAGAUAGAAAUCUCGGUCUCAUAAUCUAAUUUUCUAGCAGAAGCUUAUGUUUCUGGUAGCUAUGAUGCUGUGUAUUUAAAAAAUUAUUCGAUCCAAUAUGGAAAGGAGGAUAUGAAAAGGACUCGCACGCGAGAAAAGUGAUUGGCAUCAACCAAUGAUUUGUAGACUAGGUAAGGACGAGACUUUGUGUAGGAUUUUGAGGAUGAUCCUAGUUGCUUACUCGGUCAGUAAUGUUAUCAAAGUACUUCACCAAAAUGCUUUCCUUUAUCUGUUUCACAAGAUAUAAGAAACUUAGAGCAAUCAUUAAAUUUUAAUAGACCCCACGUAACAUAUCAACUUAUGAUAUAUACAGAAGAAAUGCGCGCAGCAGCUGCCGUCAUAAAAGUUAUCUGAUUGGUCAGUUGAAAUCAGCACGCAAGAGCUUUAUCAUAGUUUCAAUAACAGUUGGUUUUUCAUGAAUUCAAUACUUUUGUGCCCUUGUGGACUUACAUCCUUUUAAGCCAUGUUUCUAGUUUUUAUUUGUUCGCUUUUAAUUAUCUGGCCUAAUCUACUCCUCGAGGCAGCUGCUUCUCAAGGUUAGUGUGCAGCGUCCCUUGAAAAAAGUAUCUUCAAGGCAAGCUUGUAAGAUAGUAAUUGGAAAUAACCUGCUUCCAUAAAUUUGAAAGAGCCAACUUUAUCUUACUUAACUUUGCUCAUUAUUCUUGUGUGAAGCUAAUAAGACUCCUUCGCAAAAUAUAAUCUACUCGGAACCAAUCAUUUGAAACAUUUCUCUACCUUUAAAGUUUCAUCAAGAUUGUCUUGAUAGUCUUCCUCGCUGUCGAAGACGUCGACACGAAAUGACCCCAGAGGAUCUUGAGCAUGCAUCCUUCAAAGAUCCCUGUUAUGUAAAAUAUAAACAGUUUUCAAAUAGAAUAGAAGAGAUGGUAAGUUUUGAGCUCAGUAAAGAAAUAGAGAAAGAUGUCUUUUCGUCUUUUCACGAGCGUAGGACAAAGAGAAAAUUCUGAGUCCCCAUGACUAAGGAAGCGAACCUCAAACCUCUGACCUCAAUCGAACCUCAGACGUUUUCAGAAUAGAAUGAAUGGUUUCUUUCUCGAUGCUGUUCCCGAGUAAGCAAAUUUUUAAAUUUUGAAUAGGACAUACUGCCUAAUUUUCAUGCUGUAGUUUGAAUUAAACCCUAUACAUAGAGAACUUCCGUCUUUGGGCAUAAAGAGUUUCACUCUGUCAUGGUGACAUUUGUGAAUUAUUCACGAAUUUGAACAUUAGCUUGUUUUAAAAUAUUUCGCAACUCAGUUUAAACUAUCUAAAAUAUAACUGUGGGUCUUUUUUUCCCUACACGUUUCCCAACAUUUUCAAUCGGUAUGAUUGGAAAAUUGAAAUCUUACAGUUACUUUAUUUUCUCUACACGCGAAGUAGUGAAAUUCGAAGAACCCAAAGUCAAUCAUCAAUUAUACCAUAAGCAAACGAUCGAGCACUCAGAUUUAAAAUCAAUAUUUUGGGAGCACCUGCAUUGUAUAUUGUAUACUUUGCUAAAAUAAUCAUCAUUACGUAUGCAUUCCCUGUGAUGUCUCAUUCAAAUAAUUCUAAUUUACUUAAAAGCUAGUUUGUUGUAAAUUUAUCAAAAUAUGUUAAAAUAUCAAUGUUAUGGUCACAAAAAAUAAAUUAAGAGGGUCAGCUUUUGAAUCCAUAACGACGAAAUCCCCUACAUAUAUUUCAUAGAUGGGGAAGUGGAAGCUUGUCAACUGUCCGUAAAAUCCCUUUCAAUUGAUUUCUCCGAGAAAGUAAGCACACGAUCCACAAAUUAGCGAGUUAUACUGAAUUGCAUCCCUUCUUUAUAUAAACAGUAGUCACAUCCACUCACGGACCAUUCAUUUAUCCAAUCAUAAAUUAUUCACAUGUCCAAAGUGAAACAAAAAAGAGCUGUUUAGCUAUGUUUUCUAUGAAAACUUCGCCAUGGCGGAGGCAGGAAAAAAUGAGAACUUGAUCUGCACAAAUAGUCAUCUUAAAACCAGUUUUUUUAAGGUAAAGACUUCUGGUAUGCUUAUGUAGAUGACGCCACGUAAAGAUUUAUCAAAAAUGUGUCUCUUUUCGUUUAUCUCAUUCUAUUUCACCUUGAUAUAACUUUCUGAGUUUGUAUUCUCUUAUCACAAAUGAAGAGUGGCAGCCUUUCUAGAUUUAGAUAGAAGACUGCUCAUAAUAAGUGUAUUUUACGGACCUUUUUGAAUGUGGCAUCGGUUGCGUUAAAAAAAAAGGUUUCUGCAAAUUUAACCCAGUCACCCCCAAGAUCUCAUUAGUAAUUCUCCUAACUGUCUGUUAUACAAUUCUUGAGAUGUUAGUUCGGAGUAUUUGAUAUUGAUUCAACUAUUAAAUAAUCUCUUAUUGAUAGGGGAUCUUGGGAAUUAGAGUAUUUUCAAGUUUUGGCGCUAUUCAAGGUAGAGCUUGCCUGACAUAUACUACCUUUUGUCUCAACCAGGUGGCCAUGAUAUCUACCGCCCCCCACAAACUGUUCGACAGCAUGUGUUUGUGAAAGAAGAAUUCCGUUAUCUGAACGUCCCCAGAAUUGGAUCCUUCACAGUGGAUGAUAGCAUUGAAUGUACAUUUAAGUGCCUCAGUCAUACGUCAUGUUUUUCUGUGAACCUGGCCGCGUCUAGAGGAAUGGACGGAAAGUUUUGGUGCGAGCUGCUCUCUUCUGACAAAUACAGAAACUCCACUGAACUCCUUGGAAACAAGAGCUCCCAUCAUUUCGUCAUUAAGGUUACAGAUAUUCUUUAAAGAUUGUAAAUGUGUACUGUUAAGUACUUAAGAGGCCUAAAGCUUCGCUGUAAGGCCUGAGCCAACGGGGGGGGUUAAUUUGAAACCUUACUCUUUACCUCUUUACUCUAUCACAUAACAGGACUGUAUAUCCUUUGUUUAGCAGUAGGCUCUAUUAUGAGUGAAAUUUUAUUUAAAAUAGACCCUCAUGUUAUCAUUGUUCAACUAUUAAGUGUUUCUUCUUCUACUCAGUCUCCCUGUUCUUCCUCGCCAUGCAAAAAUGAAGGGACCUGUGUACCAAGUUACAAAUAUGGCAUCUUUGAAUGCCUCUGCAAGAAAGGCUUCAUUGGAGAUUUCUGCGAGAAAGGUUAGACGUUACUUGCAAUUGCCAGGUUGGAUUAGCAUUUAUUUGCAUAAAAUUUGGCUCCCUAUCCAGGAAUUGCCUUGCCCCAAGAGCAGUUUGCUUUUAGCAUAUGAACGACAAUAUAGCCAAUUGAGUGAUCAUUGCGUCGGGCCUACAAUUGACCUCUUUCCUAACUGAAAUUUAUCAAAGGCUUCCUCUGACGAACUCGUUUAAUGCAGCACUGUACAUCCCUUGCAAGGAAUGGAUAUUCACCAUCACUUCAGUUAGUAAUUGUUAAUUACUUCAACGGUGUGUGGCGAAUAAGAAUUGAAGAUUUAAAGAAAACUCUUACCCUUGCUGCAUGCCGGAGACAUCAUUUGUAACACGCAAUUCUUUAAUUCAUACUUAGGCUUCAAGUCCUGUAAAGAUGCGUACAAUUCAUACAAGUAAGUUUGAAACUUGUUUUAUAUAAAUGAAUAGGGAAAAGCUCGAUAUUUAAUUCAAUCUUUAACUCUAGAUUGGAAUGCAGUCGGUGAUAAGUUAAAUUCUUACUUUAGACACUAAAAGGGCGAAUUAAGAAUUAAAAAAAGGGUUAUCUGUUGAUUUAACGUCAGAAAUCAUCUUCUCUUGUGUUUCCAAAUUAAUUUCCUUCAGUAAAAUAUUCAGGGCUUAUUCUUGUCAUUUAUAAUGCGUAAAACUUAACAUCGAUUUAAGAAUUAUUGGAUCAAAUAGAUUUUGGGGAAAUAAAAAUCAAUGUGAUUGUUAAAACUGAUCUGGUUCCCCGAACAGGUCGAACGCCAGCGAGUUGGUUACCUUACACUUUGGCUCGAAUACAACUUCUGUUCUCUGUCAAAUGGGAGAUUUUGGAUGUGGAGAUGGUGGAUGGACACCAGUUAUGAAGAUUGAUGGCAACAAGGUAGGUUGUUACCUGUUGUUGAAGGGUCUGCAGAAAAAUACAUCACUCACCAAUUUGAAGUAUAGAAUUCAGGUAUCUUUAAUCACAAAUGUCUUACUUCAUUUAUCUCGAACAAGUCUGAGUUGAGCUUCGUGCCACAGCAAAAUGUUUUGGUUUUCGCGACGAAGAAUCAUAGCGAAGUAUGUAACAUUGCGCAGAUGCGGUGCAGGUCAGGUCAAAUAUUCUUCCACCCUUCCGUUUCUCCCUCAAAAUAAAAAAACAGGCGGUUUCAAACGGAAAAUUGUUCGAGGCGCGUAACUUUAAUAAAUUCUGAAUCCCAAUGCACAAUUUUCUUGCUUACUUCUUUCGAUGCUUCUCUUUGCAUCGGAUUGAUUAUUUAUUAUAAUACAAUUAUUUCGCAGAACACUUUUCGGUUCAGUUCGGGAUACUGGACUGACAAAAGCGAAUACAACCCUUCUGGUGGAAUGACUGGCUUCGAUUCACAAGAAGCCAAGUUGUCGACCUACUGGAACACACCCUUUUCCAAGGUCUGUCUCGGUAUGAAGGUUAACGGACAGAUGAACUUCACUCUUAUCACCAGCCAGGCUUCCUCUCUUCACUCUCUGAUCGCUGAUGGUCAGUAUCGGGCUACUUCACUGGGUCGGUACAAGUGGAUAGCGCUGACUGAUUCAAGGGUUGAACUUCAGCUCAACUGCAACCAGGAAGGAUUCAAUACCAUGGCCAAUCGCAGAGCAAGAGUCGGAAUCCUUGGGAACAACGAAGACAACUGCCAUACAUGUGAUUCUGCAAUAGGGUUUGGUGUUGACAACAGAGGGUGCGGUGGUCUUUCUUCCAUUAGAGCCAUGUGCUACAUCUUGGUUCAGUGA